AUCCCUGGAAAUCCUCCAGUCGGUAUCACUGUGUCGAUUCAUUCCUGUUUCAAGUUAGCCUGAGAUGAGACGUCAUUUAUUUUCAGCUGACAUGUGAUAAACCCAGCAAAGUUUAGCUCAUUCUGGAAAUGUCUGGAUUCCUGGCAGUAGAAUAUUUAAGGUGUGUGUCCUGUGUGCUGCAGGAGGUCAGAGACUGACGACUGGGAGAUCACUUCAGUCAGUUUGAGAGACGUGAGAGAAGAAGCAGAGACAAUGCUGAGCUAUCGGUCUUUCCACCCUUCACACCUGUGUCAGCAGCCUGUGUACACAUUGGGGUCUGUUGAACACAGGCUCUGGGAGCCGCUUCAAUGUCAUGUGUGGAAACAGGUGGAAGCAGCGAGAAAGAGCAUGAACUUCAUGAAUCGAGUCCUUGAGGAGCUGACAGCAGGACUAUUCGAGGGAAUUCCAAGAAGUCAGGAUAACAAACCUGACAGUGUCAGAGAAGGUAAAGGACAAUCCUUGGAGAAGGAUGGAGAUGGGUUUUCUGUGUCCCUGAAUGUGCAGCACUUCUCUCCAGAAGAACUGAGGGUGAAAGUAUUUGGAAGAAAAGUGCUGGUGACAGGAAAACACGAGAAGAAAUGUGAUGAUGGCAGCGGCUCUUACAGCUACAAAUAUGAAGAGUUCAGGAGAGAAUUCCAGCUGCCAGAGGAUGUCGAUGCUGAAGCUCUUCAAUGCUGUUUGUCACAGGAUGGUCGGUUGAAGGUUCAAGCCCCAAGCCUGGCAUUGCCAGCUGUGAAUGAACGGACAGUCCCCAUCAACAUCACCUCAGACAUGACAACCACUCCACGGCUCAUCCCUGACCAGGAGGCAAAGAAACAGGAGAGUGGGAGGGAUGUGGGGAACAAGAAAGAAGGAGAACCUACGGACAGCAAAGUCUUUGUUUGAAUGAACUUUUGAAGAUGGAAGAAUUGUUCAAAAGCAACAAUGAAUUAUUGUCAAUGUGUGAUAAAAAUAAAAAUUUUGUUAAAUUAGUUGCUUCAAACUUAGACAACAGUACCGUGCAAUUAUCAGAAAUGGUGUGGAUUAUUUAUAUAUGUAUGUGUA